AUGAUAUUGUGUCCCAGCAGCAGUAAUGAUGGAGGUGUGCUGGUGCACUUCUGGAUGGUGUUUACUGUCCCUCAGCUGAAGAGUACAGCAGUGUGCGAGGAGUGUGUGAGUGCCAUUCUGCAGAAUUCUGUUCUCACCAGCCUGCAGAACAGAUCCUCCAUUGGCUACAUGAUGGGGCUGCCUGUUGACAUGGACUCCAUCCUUAUCAAUGCUGCACUGCGUUCAGACUACACAGGGACAUCGGCAGACUCUCAGUGUGUUGAUAAGCUGUAUGCUAGCAUGCUAGGAGCCAAAGUACCCCUGAAUAUCUUCUCCUCUUGGGGGGGGCUCAGCUGCCAUAUCAAACUGACCGCUGCUCCCAGGUCUCUGAUUCGCCUCACCAUCACUGCCUUCCAAAUUGAGGCCAGUGACUGCGUUAAUGAUGGCCUCACUGUAUAUGAUGCCCUGCUACCCAUGAGUGGCAGGACUCUCUACAGGUUGUGUGGACCUGUGUCCCAUGGCCUGUCCCUGGUUUCCACAGGCAAUGUGAUGCUUCUGUCCUUCAGACUAGUGCAGGGAAGUAAGAGCUUUAGAGGACACUUCCAGGCCAUCGCUGAGGAAAGCUGCUUCAGUGUGAUCCAGUUGGAGUCAAAAAGUGGAUUUAGUGGAGAAAUCAGCAGCCCCUUUUACCCUAGCCUGCUGCCCCCUUACUGUACCUGCACCUGGCACUUUCAGAGCCCACAUCCUUCUCUUGGUGUAGCCCUGACAUUUAAAAACUACAUGCUGAAUCAGAAAGACCUGAGGAGCUGCAAACAUGGCUGGUGGAAAGUGAAUGAGAGCAUAUAUUGUGGCAGCCACAUUGGCCAUACCACUGUGUUCCACAUUCCGGAUCCUAACCCAGCGGUGGUGUUCCGGUGCAGCUCCCGCAGAGCUGACCCACCUAUCACCGCCACAUACCACACCUUCAACAUCAGCCAGCCCUGCCCUGAUGGAUACUUCCUGUGCUCCACGGGGCUUUGUGUGGACAAGAGACGCCGGUGUGAUGGAUUGGAUGACUGCAGGGAUGAGAGUGAUGAGCUCUUCUGCUCCAAGCCUUCCAAAAAUUGUGCUGGCUCCACCCCCUUGCACCCACUGUACGUCUGCAAUGGAGAGAAGGACUGUGCCAAUGGCAAGGAUGAAACCAACUGCACUCUGGAAACAAGCUGCUCAGACAUCCGGUACCAGUGCAGGAGUGGAGCCUGUAUUCUUAAGAGAAAUGCUAAGUGUGAUGGUGUUUUUGACUGUUUGGACCACAGUGAUGAAAGUGACUGUGCCUGUGGCCUGCCCAGCCUGGGAAGGUGGGGGCAAGGGCGUGUAGUGGGCGGUACCAAUGCAGUGGAGGGGGAGUGGCCAUGGCAGGUCAGUUUGCACUUUGGAGGAUAUCUCUACUGCGGUGGAACUGUCAUCUCAGCUCAGUGGCUUCUGUCAGCAGCUCACUGUUUCAGCAGGGAGAGGUUGUCAGACCCACGGCAAUGGAGAGCUCACCUUGGGAUGCUCACUCAGGGAGAUGCUAAAUAUGUAGCAGAGAUCCAGAGGAUCGUGAUGCAUGAAUAUUACAACGCUCUGAACUUUGACUAUGACAUUGCCCUGCUGCAGCUCAAGAAGACUUGGCCCCCCUCCCUCAAAACUUACAUCCAGCCCAUCUGCCUGCCCUCUCCCUCUCAAGCUCUCACUGAGACACGCACAUGCUGGGUUACAGGCUGGGGUUACCGCUCUGAGCAAGAUAAGGUUCUUCCUUCCAUUCUCCAGAAGGCAGAGGUCGGAGUAAUCGGCCGGCGGGAGUGCAAGAGGAGGUAUGGCCUGGUGUCGCCCCGCAUGCUAUGUGCUGGUGUUCCAUCAGGCGAGAGUGACGCCUGUCGGGGUGAUUCAGGGGGUCCCCUGUCCUGCCAGAUGCAAAGAGGGCAUUGGUUCCUUACAGGGAUUGUGAGUUGGGGUGCAGGAUGUGGGAGGCCAAAUCUACCUGGGGUCUACACCAAAGUAGCCAAGUUCAUCACCUGGAUUCAGAGCCAUACUCUCCAGUGAGAGGCCUAAGAGCCUAUCAGAACGAAAUCUACCAGUAAAGCUGAAGAUGGUGCAACUUAAACAUUCUCCCAAUCAAUAGCAUUUCCACCAUUAAAUUAGCAUUGUAUGUUGAUUAUGGCUCAUCUGCUGGGUCUAUCUGCUGGGUAUCUGCUAAAUAUAAUUAAUAAACUGGAGAAUCUGA